AUGGAACCUCAACAACAACAACAGCACUCACCAAACGAGGAUGGCGGCAGUGGAAAAGGGGGAUUUCUGAGCAGGCAAAGUAGUACACGGUGGACUCCCACAACAGACCAGAUAAGAAUAUUGAAGGACCUUUACUACAACAAUGGAAUUAGAUCCCCAAGUGCAGAACAGAUUCAGAGAAUCUCUGCUAGGCUGAGACAGUAUGGUAAGAUUGAAGGCAAGAAUGUCUUUUAUUGGUUCCAAAACCACAAAGCUCGAGAAAGGCAGAAGAAGAGGUUCACCUCUGAUGUUCCCAUGCAAAGAGGUGGAACUAAUGCUCCUUGGAAACCUGAAGACCCCAUUCACACCAAGUAUUCCAACAUAUCUGCCGGGAUCACUUCGGCGUCUUCUUCUUCUGCUGAGAUGGUUACUGUUGGUCAGAUGGGUACUUAUGGGUAUGGAUCUGUGCCCAUGGAAAAGAGUUUUAGGGACUGCUCAAUAUCAGCUGGAGGCAGCAGUGGCCAUGUUGGAAGUGCCAUAAACCACAACUUGGGAUGGGUCGGCGUGGACCCCUAUUCCUCAGCCUACGCCACUUUCUUUGACAAAAUAAGGACAACUGAAGAAACCCUUGAAGAAGAACAAGAAGAUGAUAGUGCCCCUGAGAUUGAAACCCUCCCUUUGUUCCCUAUGCACGGUGAGGAUAUCCAUGGCUAUUACAACCUCAAUUCGAAUUCUUCUAACUAUGGUGGUGGCUGGUAUCAGACCGAAGAUGGGUUCAAGAACGUUUCUCGUACUUCCUUGGAGCUUAGUCUCAACUCCUACACUGGCAGAUCUCCAGAUUUCGCUUGA